AACAGAAUGCUAAUAAUUAGUAGUUAAUACUUACAUAGUUAAUUAAAAUAAACAAUACAUAGGUCAUAGUUAUAUGUUUACAAUUUUAAUUAGUUAGUAGUAGAUAAUGUAUUAUUUAUUUUUGUCUAUUAAAAAUGUGAUUGUACUAUGCAUAAGUUAGUUUUAUAUGAAUACACUAUGAGCAUCAGACCACUUCUUCGAUACAUUUUUUUUGUUAACAUAUUUGAACACCUAAUUUAAUUUAUAGCCGGUAAUGACUUGGUGUAGUUUUUAGUGAUUUAAAAUUGUAUGUGGACUCACAGUUAAGAUAAUAAGAACAAUUGGAAAAUUCAAGAAAACUACUAAACUAAAAAUAAUAUACACGAGUUUAGUACUUAUAAUUUAAUAGUGGUCAUUUAAUAGGCAUUAAUUAUACACAAAUUCUAAACUACUACUCUUAAGGCUUGAAUAUAGUUUUAGGUGUCUAGUCAUGGAAAGUUGGAAAAAAAUUACUUAUGUGGUUGCCAUUUUUAUGUUUCUAGUAGAAAUACGGCCCCUAGAACCAUAUUUAACAGCUUAUCUCACUGGACCAAAUGGAAACAUUUCUCUUUCAGAGGCUGCUAACUCGAUGGAAUCUUUAAGAUCAUACUCUGCUCUUAUAGCAACGUUUAUAAUGUUAAUCAUCUCAGACCAUCUUCUAUACAAGACGGUGGUCAUAUUCUUAACAUUAUGCUCAUGUAUCGCUUAUAUUCUCAUGGCGGGUUCACCAAGCUUAACAGAAUUGAAAGUGUCAAUGGUCUUCUAUGGAUCAGCAUACUCUGCCACAAGUGUAGCAUCAUGUUAUUUAUUUGCUCGUAUCAAAGACAGGAAGCAUUUUCAAAAGUCUGCCAGCAUUGCAGCUGUUGGUUUGGAGUUAGGAAAAUUCUUUGGAGACGUUUCUGGGCAAAUUAUAGUUAGCUCAAGUGGAGGAAGUUACACAACUCUUCCAUACUGUAAUGCAUUUGCUAUGUUCUUGGCUGCAUUAUGGGCAUUUUUAUUUCCUUCUAUUAAUGAAAGGAAUUCUUCAGGCCCUUUAGGGACAUAUUUACCAAAUGAAAAGACUACGCUUCUCAAAAAUAGUGAACAAAUUACAUCUCAUUCUCAUAAAAUCAAACAUUGUAAUACCAUGGUAGAUAAAGAAUAUAUGAUAAUAAUUGUUUUGAAACAAAUAUGGUUGGAUUUUAAGACUUCAUUCUCUAAAACAAUUAUAUUGAAAAAAUCUCUUUGGUAUAUAUUUGGCAUGGCAGCAUAUGUUCAGAUUUUAAAUAAUAUGAAUGUACUGUAUUCAUAUGUCGUCAAUAAACAUGGUAAUAAUGAUGUAUUGUCAAAUGGAUUUGCUGAAUCAAUGGUCACAUUGUGUGGAGCUUUGGGUGCGUAUCUCAUUGGUAAAUUGCAAUUGGAUUGGAAUUAUUAUGGUGAUAUAUUUACAUCAUUUUGUUCUAUUUUGAUGGGUGUUUUCAUGAUAUCUUGUUACUUUUAUGAGCAUAUACAAUUAAUAUAUUUGUCAUAUAUAUUAUAUGGUCUAGUUAGUGAAGCAAUAUUAGUAAUAACCUUGUCUGAAAUAGCAAAUAAUCUAAAAAGUCAAUGUUAUUCCCUUAUAAUAGGAUUUAAUUUAUUAGGUUCUUUAGUUAUGUCAGCUAUUAUGACAUUUUUUUUUGUUCAAUUUAAUUUUUUAGAAAUUACUGUUCCUGGAAGAUUUUUGUUCAUUGGUGGUUUGUACAGUAUUCUUGGAAUCAUAUUUUUGAUUAUAUAUUUUUUUGAUGGACAAAAAGAAAAAAAAUAUAUGCCGACUGAUUUUUAUUGAUAAUAUAUUUAUUGUUAUA